ACGAAUAAUGAUUGUGAAUGCAGCUUUCACAAAAAGUCAAUGUGAAAUGAAUGAGUGAAGCUUGCCAGUCUGUCACAAUGUGCAGACAUUGAAAGCCCAAACACGCAGCUACAGCACAGAAAGCUUCCAGCACUUCAGUUCAAAAAGGUUUGGACACCACUGAGGGACAUCAUCCCAUGACUUUAUUCUAACUACAGCAUGUCUGUGAGGCUGCUCUGUCGUUGCCUGCUGCUGGUUCUGUUGUGUCCCAGCUGGGCCGAAAAACAAACAUGUCUCACAUCAGCCUCCAACUGUGAAGAAUGCAUCCAGUCUGGCCCAGCGUGUGCUUGGUGCUCCACUGGCCCUAGCUCUAACAUCCGCUGUCAUACCUCAAAGGAGCUGCGGAGAGCCGGCUGUCGUAAAAAUGACAUAUAUUACCCUGAGGGCAGUGUGCAGGUUGUCAAAAAUGACAGCAGCACCGAGCUAGCAGAUGCCAAGACACUGUUCCUCCAGCCCCAGGAGUUGUCUCUCCACUUGAGGCCGGGUCUGAAGCAGUCCUUCCCUCUCACUAUCAUCAUGCCUACAGACCAGCCUAUCAUGGAGCUGACCAUGGACACCGGCCCUGUGCCAGCAGGAGUUAACAUCUCAUUCAGGAGCAUCAUGAAUGGAAACCCUGUGGUCAUACAGGUGACUGUUGAGGCUGACCAGUGUCCCAGUAACAGGACUGGGCCCUGGUCUGUCCACAUCACACCAAAAGGCUUUUCACUGAGUGUCAAGUUAGAGAUAACUUUAGAGUGUCAGUGUGACUGCAAGAAAAUCCGUGAGGAAAACAGCCCUGCCUGCAACGGCAAUGGGGCUCGCGUGUGUGGCCGGUGUGCGUGUUAUGAUCCUUAUGUGGGACAACAGUGCCAGACAGAAUUUUUUUACCGAGGUGAGGACGACUGUAGCCCAGGCCCGGAUGCCCCAUUGUGUAGUGGUAGGGGAAAAUGCGUAAUGGGAGGAUGCGAGUGCCAAGAGCGAGAAAACCCUAACGAAAGGUACAGCGGACAAUACUGCCAGUGCAGCAACUUCGAAUGUCCGUUCCACAGGGGCAGAAUAUGUGGAGGCAACGGAAGGUGUGACUGUGGGAAGUGUGUUUGUGAUGCUGGAUGGACCGAUGAAGACUGCAGCUGCUCCCUGGAAACGGAAUCCUGUUUGGCAAGAAACGGGCAGAUAUGUAACGGCAGAGGGAAUUGUUUGUGCGGAAUAUGUGAAUGUACCAACCCAAGAUUUAGAGGCCCGACUUGUGAGCAAUGCCCUCUUUGUCCAGGCGUAUGUGCGGAGCACAAAGACUGUGUAGAGUGUCGGGCGUUUGGGACCGGAGCAAGGAAAGACAGGUGUGAUCAAGAUUGUGACUACCUCAAUGUGACAACGGUGGAGAGCAGAGCUGAUUUAAACUUCACAGAGCUUGUUGUGUCGUGUAAAGAGAGGAACUCAGAUGACGACUGCUUCUUUUUCUACAGCUACAGUAGGCCGUUGUCAGGACACGUGGUACAUGUGGCGCGGGCUAAAGAAUGUCCAAAGCCUUUUCAUUGGGGUUGAAAAGAGAAACCAAUGCGAAGUGCCUAAAGUCUGCAAAUAAAGUUUUAAUAUUUUGUUUUUUUUUAAAUCUAAAUCCCUAAAUUUGUUUUCAUUAAUGUUAAAGAGUAAAUGAAAUAAUUUCCAUUCUUUGAUACUGUGCCUCCAUGAAAAACAUUCUUCCUGUUUUCCUAAUUUUACUGCACAGUGUCAUCCUUUUGAUGGCAUCAUGUCUAAUUUACAAAGAGAUUUACAAAACACCUCUGCUUUAAAACAGAGUGGUAAUGAGGUCUGCAUCAGCAGGAGAAGUUGAUUUAAGUUUUCUGCAGAACUAUGUCAUGAAAAAAGAAUUGUUAUUUUUUAUCAAUGGCUUGGCUUUUGGUCACAAAAUAUU